AUGGCGCAAUCCAAUGGGGAGUUGGAACACUCGAAAGAGGUUGCCCAACAGACCAACGGUAAUGCCCCCGAGGGCGUGGAGGAUGAGAAUGCUGGUGGUCUCUUCCAGAUCUCCGUGAAGCUCCCUCAUGAGCCGUACAUGAUCCAGGUUAUGGUGUCGAGCCAAGAGCAGGUGCAAGAUGUCCGCCAAUCGAUCGUCGAGCUCCCCGGUACCUUCCAGUACACAUGCUUCCACCUCGAGCACAAUGGAACCCGCAUCAAUGAUUUCGUCGAGCUGUCUGAGGUCCCGGAUCUCAAGGCUGAUUCCGAGAUUGUUCUGGUGGAAGAUCCAUACACGGAGAAGGAGGCCCGCAUGCAUGUCGUGCGGAUGAGGGAGCUGGUGGGUGCUGCUGGUGACCGCGUGGACAAUCUUCACGGUAUUGCCGCCGGCCUUUCACUGCACGAUGCCAUCGCCGCCGAGGCUGCUGCCGCUGCUCAGUCGGAGAAGGACCACUCGCUCGCCAAGUACAACUUGACCGGCAACUCUUCGCUGCAGACCAUCUUGCCCAAGUCGGACGCUCCCCUGCCCAAGACCGUCAAGUCGAUCUCGCUGUCGCCCUGGAACCCUGUUCCUUACAACCUCCGCCAGAAAGGUCACCUCCUAUACCUCCAGGUCACCAUCAACGAGGGUGAGCAAUUCCAAAUUACCUCCCACGUCUCGGGCUUCUACGUCAACAAGAACUCAAACACUCGCUUUGAUCCUUUCCCGAAGGCGAUGCCCAAGAACGUCAAUGGAAGCGCCCACUCCCUCCUCACCCUGCUGUCUCAGCUGUCGCCCUCGUUCAACUCUGCCUUUGAGGCUCUGCAGGAGUCCAACAACCAGAAAGAUCUCCUGACUACCUUCCCCUUCCAGAACGCCAUUCCCAACAGCCCAUGGCUCGUUGCUCCGGCCUCCUCCAGCUUGAACGCUCAUUUGCCCGAUAUCACUCGUUCCCAGGAGAGCUAUCUGAUCUCUGGCGUGGACAAUGCCGAGACUCUGCGUGACUGGAAUGAGGAAUUCCAGACCACUCGCGAGUUGCCCCGUGACACUGUUCAGGACCGUGUUUUCCGGGAACGCUUGACCUCCAAGCUGUUCGCUGACUAUAAUGAGGCUGCCGCCCGUGGUGCCGUCCUAGUUGCUCGGGGUGAGGUCGCUCCUUUGAACCCCACUGAGGCACAGGAUGCUCAGAUUUUCGUAUACAACAACAUCUUCUACUCCUUCGGUGCUGACGGAGUUGGCACUUUCACCUCCGAGGGUGGUGACGAGGCUGCCCGCGUUGCUGUCGGUAAGGACGUUUUGGGUAUCAAGGCUGUCAACCAGCUUGAUAUCCAGGGCCUGUUCACUCCUGGUACUGUUGUUGUUGAUUACCUUGGCAAGCGUAUCGUUGGCCAGAGCAUUGUGCCUGGUAUCUUCAAGCAGCGUGAGCCUGGCGAGCACCAGAUCGACUACGGUGGUGUUGAGGGCAAGGAGGUUGUUGCAACAAACGAGGAAUUCGUUCCUGUUUUCGAGAAAUUGUCCAAGGCUCUCCGCAUCAAGUCGCACCCAGUUUGGGACAAGGAUGGCAAGCGCCACAAUCUUGAGGGCAGCGUUGAGACCAAGGGUCUUCUUGGCACCGAUGGCCGCAAGUACGUUUUGGACCUGUACCGUAUCGCUCCUCUGGAUGCUUCAUGGCAGGAAGAGGAGGGCAGCGAGGUGUACCCCCAUCGUAUGUCUGUCCUGAGACUGGAGCUCAUUGAGGCAUACUGGCGUAGCAAGAUGAGCGCCUAUGUCAAGGCUGAAGUUGAGAAGCGCCGUGCUGCUAAGGCCGAGGAAGCCCCCAAGGAGGCCAAGUCGGAUGAAAGCCCCGAGGAGAAGGCUGAGGAGAAGGCUGAGGAGAAAACCGAUGAGUCCGCGGACAAUGAGCGUGUCGACAUCUCUGGAUUCAGCCUCGCGCUUAACCCCGACGUCUUCAGUGGCCAGGUCCCUCAGACCCAAGAGGACAAGGAGCAGUGGGCCCAGGAUGAAAAGGAGGUGCGCGAGGCUUGCGACUACCUGCGCUCUAAGAUAAUUCCGGAGCUGGUCCAGGAUCUGCACGAUGGCGACGUUGGCUUCCCUAUGGAUGGUCAGUCCUUGACCCAGCUCCUGCACAAGCGCGGUAUCAACAUCCGCUACCUUGGUAAGCUGGCUCAGCAGUCCAACGAAAAGGGUGCUCGACUCCAGGCUCUGUCCACUCUCCUGGUCCAGGAGAUGGUCGCUCGUGCCUUCAAGCACGUUACUUACAACUACCUCGCCAACGUUCCCGCUCCAUUCGUCACCUCUUGCAUCGCCCACCUGCUGAACUGCCUGUUGGGUACCGGUGUUAACGCUGCCCCCAAGGCUGAGAUCGAAGAGUCUCUGCGUGAGAUCUACCCCGAUGGUGACUUCUCAUACGAAAAGGUCACUCCCGAAUCUCUCCGUACCGAGAUUGAAAAGCAGGUUUCGGUCCGCUACCGCUACUCUCUGGAGACGAGCUGGGUUGAAUCGCUGCGCCACCUGCAGCUUCUGCGUGAUAUUUCGAUCAAGUUGGGUCUCCAGCUUGGUGCCCGCGAAUUUGCUUUCUCUCAGGACCAGGUCAAGGAGCAGGCUCCUCCUACCAACAGUACCAACGGCAGUGGCAAUGACGAAGGCAAGAAGAAGAAUAACAAGAAGAAGGGUGGCGACGCCAAGGCUAAGUCCCCUGUCCGAGUCGCGGUGGAGACCAAGCCUACUCUUUCUAUUUAUGCUGAUGACAUUUUGAACAUUGUUCCCCUGGUCAAGGAUGCUGCUCCUCGUAGUGCUCUGGCUGAGGAGGCUCUGGAGGCUGGCCGUAUCUCGCUCAUGCAAAACCAGAAGCAGCUGGGCCAGGAGCUCAUUCUGGAGUCUCUGUCCCUGCACGAGCAGAUCUAUGGCAUCCUUCACCCCGAAGUUGCCAAGCUAUACCACCAACUCUCCAUGCUCUACUACCAGACCGAGGAGAAAGAGGCCGCCGUGGAAUUGGCCCGUAAGGCAGUCAUUGUCACUGAGCGCACCCUGGGUGUUGACUCCGCUGACACCAUUUUGGCCUACCUUAACUUGAGUCUGUUUGAGCAUGCCUCCGGAAACACCAAGACUGCCCUGGUGUACAUCAAGCACGCCAUGGAUCUCUGGAAGAUCAUCUACGGAGCUAACCACCCUGACUCCAUCACCACUAUGAACAACGCCGCCGUCAUGCUGCAGCACCUUAAGCAGUACGGCGACUCCCGCAAAUGGUUCGAGGCUUCUCUCGCUGUCUGCGAGGACCUCUUUGGCAAGCAGUCCAUCAACACCGCCACCAUUCUCUUCCAGCUUGCCCAGGCUCUGGCUCUGGAUCAGGACUCCAAGGCUGCCGUUGGCAAGAUGCGCGAAGCCUACAACAUCUUCCUUGCUCAGCUUGGUCCUGAGGAUCGCAACACCAAGGAGGCUGAGACAUGGCUCGAGCAGCUCACCCAGAACGCUGUCUCUAUCGCGAAGCACGCCAAGGAUAUCCAGGCCCGUCGCAUGCGCCGCAUUGCCAUCAACCCGCGCGGAUCCACUAUGGGUACCCGUGUCCAGCCCCAGGUUGGCCAAACUGUGCCCGAGAGUGCCGGUGCCGCUGCUUCCGGUAUGGACUCCCGCAGCAUUGAUGAGCUGCUGAAGUUUAUUGAGGGUGGUGAUGCCAGCUCUUCUCGCUCCAAGAAGAAGCGUACUUCCGCCAACCCCAAGCUCCGUGGAUCCAAGCAGUCUAAGGCUUAA